CGAUAAUCAAUGAAAAAUGAAACUGUGGACCCAGCAUUAACUACUGUUUAUCUUGGACCCUCAAAUCUUCUGUUCUUGGAAAACAGAAGUAUCAUUCAUCAUGUACCUCAGAAGCAAUAUAUAAAGUUUCUCAAUCCUGAACGUAGAUGCUUACGUAUUUCUGCAGGCCAGCCAGGUCUCACCAAUGGCUUCUCAUAGCAUAACAGUUAAUUUGAGCUUCCCAAGUAAGUUCUCCUCGAAAACCCGUUUUGCCUUUGGCUCAAAGUCACAGCUUUCUUCAGCUUUUCGAGCUUUGGGAAAGCACAGAAGUAGAAUUUCUUCUUUAAUUCGCGCUAUGGGCUCUUCUGCUUCAUCUCAGAAACCAGACAGCACUCAAGAGGCAAGCAAGACAGAUUAUGGAUCUGUAAGUGAUGAAGAAUGGAAGAAGCGGCUAACAGAGGAACAAUUUUACAUAACCCGGCAGAAGGGGACUGAGAGGGCUUUUACUGGAGAAUACUGGAACACCAAAACCCGUGGAACCUACCAUUGCAUUUGUUGCGACACUCCUUUAUACGAAUCAUCCACCAAAUUUGACAGUGGAACUGGUUGGCCGUCUUAUUAUCAGCCUAUAGGAAACAAUGUGAAGUCGAAAUUAGACAUGUCUAUUAUUUUCAUGCCUCGCCAGGAAGUCGUUUGUGCAGUUUGUGAUGCUCAUCUUGGCCAUGUAUUUGAUGAUGGUCCACCACCCACGGGAAAGCGUCAUUGUAUUAAUAGUGCUUCCCUGAAAUUGAAACCAGAGUAGGAGAUGGUGGCAAGCAAGCAGACAAAAAAAGCUAGAGUUUUAUUUCAAAGUUAGAUGAGACCCCUGUACGUAUCACUACUUUUAUCUAAGCCCUUGCUCAGGGAAUAAUGAACGUUAUUUCUUGUGUUGUACAUGUUGCCUAAGAAUCCAUGGAAGUGUGUUUGUCUGUGGAUUGUUUAUAUUACGUCUAAAUAAACACUGUUUACAUAUCCUUGAAUUCUUCAUGAGAAGGACGCAAUUCACAUGAAUUCAUUGGGAUAGACGUAGAUGAACUAUACAUAUAGAAUGUAUCCAAAGUUUUCUCCGUGUAAAACUCCAUAAAAAAUUAUUUGAAGUGUUAUACUACCCUAUGUAUUGAAUCAUCCAUUCUCGUGAGUGCGGUUAGAUAUUUACAAACUCAUCAAAUUU